AUGGGCGACCGUGGCAGAUCGACAACCAGGCAUGAAGCUGGACAUAAUGCAGUCUACGACCACUACACAUCUCAUUUCUCGGAGAGACGUCCAAACUCUGACGUUGCCCUUCUGGAAGCGGUCCGUUCGAUUCACCCCGAAAAUCACGUCACAUCGAUUGGACCAUGGGACUGUGACUUGAUUGGCUUCGCAGGUGCCGGCCAUGCCAAAGCUACUCUACGUCGUCAUGGGAACCGAUUCAACUCUCAGCGUACCUACAGCCCGCCACGCAGCCGCAUGGAGGGAGGACGAGGCACCCUUGGCAAAUCCAUCGCAUUCGGACUCUACGACUACUCCUACGAUGGGCACGACCUCCAGGUAUAUUCUCUCGAGUGGCCUCGAAUAGACGGUUGCGGUACCGAGCAGAUACAGUACAUUUUGACUCCUUCCAUUGCCGAAGAGGACUGCCCAGUCGCCGAUGGAUUGAUCGAAGCCGCGGGCAAGUGGACGUCGGAGCUGCACGAGGAGAUAUAUGUCUUUGACGCAGGGAAUUGGGAUAAGAGCAAGCUUCUUUGGGAGUCUGUUCAAUCUGCCUCGUGGGACGAUGUCAUUCUCGAUCCUGCAACUAAAGACGGCAUCAUCAACGAUGUCCAGACCUUUUUCGACAAUCGCUCGCUGUACGAGGACUUUGGUGUACAGUGGAAACGCGGAAUCAUUUUCCAUGGUCAUCCUGGCUGCGGCAAGACGAUUACCAUCAAGGCCCUUAUGAGGUCACUGCAGCAGCGAAAUGUUGCCAGCUUGUAUGUGAAGUCGUUUAAAGCAAGGCAAGGUCCUCAAUACGCCAUCCGUGAAAUUUUCGAGCAAGCUCGGAAGAUGGCGCCAUGCCUCCUAAUCUUCGAGGAUCUCGACAGCCUUGUGGUCGACAAAGUACGAAGUUACUUCCUGAAUGAAGUAGAUGGGCUCGAGAAGAACGACGGUAUUCUCAUGAUUGGUAGCACCAAUCACCUCGAGCGUCUGGAUCCAGGUAUCAGCAAGAGACCCUCGAGAUUCGAUCGCAAAUAUUACUACAAGCUGCCGGAUGUGAAGGAACGGAUCUCGUAUGGCGAGUACUGGCGAAACAAAUUGAGGGGCAAGAUCGAAUUCGAUGAAGCCAUUUGCGAUGUGGUGGCUCAACUCACCGAAGGGUUCAGCUUCGCGUAUCUGCAGGAGCUUUUCGUGCAGACACUGCUUUCACUGGUGGGAGGUCGCACGGAUGCGGAUGACGAUAUUGAAAUCGUCGAAGAGGUCGACCCAAGCCAGUACCACGAGCAGCCUGAGAUGACCAAGGACGCCACAGAUACGAAUUCGGCCGACAAGUCUGAAAGCGGGAAAGGCAAGAAAGCAGUGAAGCAGAUGCCUGAAGUGACCAUUCCAGAGCACCUGCAAUCUGAUCCACUCAUGCUCGCCCUACACAAGCAAGCGAAAGCGUUGUGGCGUGAUUUGGAUUCAUCGGAAGACAGCGUACAUAGACGGUCGAAAGUCUCAGGUGUUGGGGAUGAGGACGACGAAAGUGAUGAUGAUAGUGACAGUGGCUCCUGCUGA